GCCAGCUUUCGGGAUGAUACUUGCAAUUAUCUCCUCUACGACGGUCCUCGGCACAAUCGGACCAGCUCAUCUUCCUUCGAGCAGCUGCGCAGAGCCUCCUCGCCCCGUCCCCAAAUCGGCGAAGCCAUCUGCAGAACCCCAAAGAACUUCUCGAAGCAACCCCUUGAUUAUUCCCUCGAAACCCUAGAUCCCCAAACCCACGCGGCCACUUCCUCAUGGAUCAUCCAUGGCGCUUCCCAGCCGGCGCCGGCAACGACCUCUGCCCCGUCUGCACCGCGCCCCACUUCCCCUUUUGCCCGCAUCCGCCUCUCCCGCCCCACCCCUUUCCCUACGAUCUCCACCCACCGCCCCCUCCUCCCCCGCCGCAGUACCACGCCCCCUUCUACCCGCCGCCGCCGAUGUGGGCUCCUCCGGGGCCGCACCCGUACGAUCUCCUCGACACGGAAGGCCCCCACAAGAGGAUGCGCGUGGGGGAGGCGCCUCCGUUCACCGGCCCGCCCCUUCCCUACCCGCCAAUGUUAGGCAGAUCUUCCGUGGAGGGAGAGCGGCUGCUCGGGCUGGUCCGGGAGCAUGGUCAUGGCCGCGCUCAGCUGCCGCCUGCACAGUGGCAUGGCGAACCGUAUCCACCCGAUGGUUUCGGCUAUGGAGGAGAUGGAGCUUAUCCUCCCCAUCAAAAUUAUAAUAACCCCUAUGCGCAGGGAGGCAAUUUCACUGAUUACGAUCUGGUCAGAAGGAUGCCACCUCCGCCGAUGCCGUUUGAUAGGUAUAGUGCUUUAGAUUCGGUAGGAGGAUCUCAGGAGAAGUAUUUCGACCGUGAUCACCAUCGCCAUCAUCAGUUUCGCCCUGAAGCAUCGCCUGGUGCUCCACCACUUCCUCUAGUGCCUCAACAUGCUGAGGCAGGAAAGCAUUAUGAUUCCCGCGGUUGGCGUCAUCAUGCGAGUGUUGUCCCGCCACCGCCAGAUCCUCCAGUGCCUUCUACCCCAGAUUACCAUGCAAUGCCACCUCUGCCGGCAGCAAACUCGUCGUUGUUUCCUGUCCUCUGCAGUUCUCCGGCUACUACAUCACUUCCACCAAGUGAUAACACCUUGCAUCAAUCCCACCUGAUGCUGAACGCAAAUUAUUACAAUGGACCCAACCAAAAUGAGGGGGUAGAUUUCGUACAUCGACAACAAUCGGAUCAGCAUUUGGGAGAUAGAAGGCUAACACAAGACACACAUCCUUUUAACAAUGCGGAAGUCAAUAUUGUUAAUGCAUGCGACUUGUUCAAGCAGCCCCUUCGUGCUUCACGUCCUGAUCAUAUUGUUAUCAUCAUGCGAGGGCUUCCAGGUAGUGGAAAGAGCUACCUUGCGAAGGCAUUGCGUGAUCUUGAAGUUGAGAGUGGUGGAAGUGCACCCAGAAUUCACUCGAUGGAUGAUUAUUUCAUGAUUGAGGUUGAGAAGAAGGUCGAAGAUAACGAAGGAUCUAAAUUUUCUACUGCAUCAAAAGGACGGAAACAAUUGACUAAGAAAGUGAUCGAAUAUUGUUAUGAGCCUGAAAUGGAGGAGACUUACAGAUCAAGCAUGUUAAACGCGUUUAAGAAGACCCUUGAUGAAGGGAAUUUCACAUUUGUGAUCGUGGAUGACCGCAAUCUGCGGGUAGCUGAUUUUGCUCAAUUUUGGGCAAGUGCGAAGAGAUCUGGCUAUGAGGUCUACUUGCUCGAGGCACCAUACAAGGAUCCAACAGGCUGUGCUGCUAGGAAUGUGCAUGGGUUUACAUUGGAUGAUAUCAAAAAGAUGGCAGCUGACUGGGAGGAAGCUCCACCACUAUAUCUGCAACUAGAUACACAUUCUUUAUUCCAUGGUGACAAUCUUCAUGAACAUUCUAUACAAGAGGUUGAUAUGGACACAGAGGAUACCGAUGAUGCCGAUGAUACGGCAAUUAACACCCAGUCCGGAAGCUCAAAGAAGGCUAUACCUGAAUCAGCAGAUGAUGUACCUGAUCAAGGGGACAAGUGGGACUCAUCAGAUGAAGAAGACUUAGAUGACAUUAAGGAGCUAGGACAGAGCAAAUGGUCAAAAGAUUUUGAUGACGAUACUGAGAAGUCCAAGCAUGCAGAUGGAAGUACACAUACUCUUUCUGGGCUGUCCAAGACAUAUGGCACUCAUCAAAAAACACUUACUUGGGGUGAUCGGCUUGAAAAGGGUGGAUUUUCUAUCGGUGCAGCCAAAAGGAGAUUCACCUCAUCUUUAAUCAUAGGACCUGGAUCAGGGUACAAUUUGGUCUCCAACCCCUUGGCUGAAGAUAAUUCCACAGGCAUGAAGGAUAAAGUAAACAAUGAAACAAAAAGACGAUUCAGUGAGCAACUUCGCGAUGAAGGUCAAUCCUUCAGGGCAGUUUUUGACAAGAGAAAACAUCAUAUUGGGGUUUUCGACAACGGGAAGGAUGAGUAAGGGAAGCAUGAGUAAGCCAUGACUGAGAAGCCUCGGAUGGCAAUCUGCAGUUGUAUGGCCCUCUGGGUACUCGAACGUCCGGGGUCAAGCAGUGCACAGGCAGCCCGGAAUCACUGGCUUGUUAGUCCUGUUGCUCCAUUGGCAUAUGGCAGCUCUAAGAUUUAAUGGACACAGAUGGGCUUCUUCUUACUGCCUUCUUGCUACCAGUCCCCACAGGACGCAGUCGAAAGAAGCAUUAGUUCCUGCUUGUGCUGUUUGUACUCUCUUUUGGCUCACCAAGAAGUGGCAAGAAUUUGGUUCCCUUCUUGAGUUGUUGUAGCUGCAAACUCACUGAGAUCCUCUCAGCAAUUCAGAAUUCUUUUCUGAGACUUGCCAUUUCAAGAGCAACCCCACAAGAUGCAUCGGGAACACAGAAUGACGGGAAGUGAACCGCACAUCAAUGGGUGUAUUCUUUACAUGAGAUGGAAACGUUUAAAUAUUGAAUGAGACAACCUUAGUUUUUCAGCGAUGAUGGUAAAUUAUGAUUUGUUUCAACGUAUAAAUCUAGCAAACCAUUUUGGGUGUGUUUGCACACCAUGUGAUUUAACCUUUUCA